CUGCUCCGCCCACUGGCCGUGUGCGGUACCUAUUCCCUUCCGGGUGCGGGCGGGCCCUGCAGGAGGGGACAGGCGCUUCCGCUGGCGGCCGAGUCACCUUGCAGCGCGGACCCGGGUGCGGUUCUCCCGGCGCCCCCGCCCCCCGUGGAAGGGCGAUGGCCGGGCUGGUCAACCUGGAGGACGAGGAGGAGGUGAAGGGCUACCUGGAGAACCUGGGCAUCGAGUACAGCUACCAGUGCUACAAGGAGGGCGAUCCGGACGGUUGCCAUCGAUUGGCUGAUUAUUUGGAGGGGGUGAAGAAGGACUUUGAAGCAGCUGCCAAGGUGCUAAAAGAAAACUGUGAAAAGAAUCAGAACAGUGAGAGUUGCUAUAAACUUGGAGCUUAUUAUGCAACUGGGAAAGGUGGAUUCACCCAAGAUUUGAAAGCUGCCUACAACUGUUUUCUGAAGUCUUGCGAAAAAGGUGGGAAGAAAUCAAUAAAUGCUUGCCACAACGUUGGACUUUUAGCACACGAUGGGCAAGUAAAUGACGACAAACCUGACCCAGUCCUUGCCAGGGACUACUACAGUAAAGCAUGUGAUGGCAGUUUUGCUCCUAGUUGCUUCAAUCUUAGUGCGAUAUAUCUUCAAGGAGCACCUGGGAUACCAAAGGACAUGAACCUAGCUUUGAAGUACUCUUUGAAAGCAUGUGACAUGGGUCAUGUGUGGGCAUGUGCCAAUGCCAGUCGAAUGUACAAACUAGGAGAUGGAAUUGAUAAGAAUGAUGCCAAGGCAGAGGCUCUGAAAAACAGGGCAAGAGACCUACAUAAAGAACAGCAGGAAGCUUCUAGAGCCUUAACAUUUGGGGAGUAAACCCACUUAAAUCAUUCACAGACUUCUAGGACAGCACUUUUAAAUGGUGCAUAAACUUUAGCUGCAAACAAAAAACCCAUACCUGUUGCACUCACAAAAGAGGCAUCUGUGUGUGUUUGCAUGUGCAAACUUUUGGAUGUGCAACUGAUGAUUGUACAACUCUGGUGUGCCAUUAUCUGAAAACUUGGCCCCUUAGAACAAUUGUUCAGGCGAACAAACGUCUAGGGCCAAAUUUUCAAAGGCCCAGAGGACCCAGCUUUUAAAGUUGAAGGCACAGUUUUAUGUGCUGACUUGUGACUGCAAUCUUCCACAUCCACACAAAAUUGUAUGUGCAUAAUUACUCAAACCUGAGUAUGCAAAACUGUCUAAUUUUAGAAACUACUUUGGAUAAUAUUACUGGGACCCUAAGGGAUGCUAUAUAGAAGAAUGUACAUACUCUUGAGCACUCUUUUCCAAAGACAAGCUCUCUCAAGUUUAGGUUUUCAGCGUAUCACAGGACAUACUCCUUCCAUUGAUGCUGAAAUAUACUGAUCACUGAAGGUGGUAUUUAUUUUGUCUUCUAAAUGUAGUUUCUUUAGCUGCACUUCUGUUUACCAAGGUUACAAAAGGGAUAUAACUUAGCUGACAUGGUGAUGAGUGAAGUUUUAAAACUCAGAUGCACAUAUAUAAAAUCUUGAUUUCUUGAAAGUCCAGUAAAUCUUAUCUAGAUACUUCUGAAUGUCAUUAAGUAUCCUUUGUGUAAAUUGUUUUUAGCCUAUUUCAGAUGGGUUCACUAUUUUAUUGAACAAUUCUUGGACAUAAUUUGACUAUUUUAAACAUGAAUGUGUGUGUGCGCGCGCGUGCCCAAAUCAAGAAAUCCUUACACAGGCUAAACUUGAAUAUUAGUCAUUGGGCAUUUUUGACUGAGCAAAGACUUCAGGAUGUGAUUUUUUUUAUCAUUAAAAACAAACCUACAGUAAA